AGUAUCCUGCUUACUGCAGCAGCAGCAGCAGCGCAAGUCCUAUUGUCACUUCCCUCUGGUCUCUGCAUCUCUGGCUUCCUGAGGAGGGUAAAAGGAAAAAAACAACCAAAAGAUGAGAGUGAUUCGUGUGGGUACCCGUAAGAGCCAGCUGGCACGCAUACAGACAGACAGCGUGGUGACAAUGCUGAAAACCCUAUUCCCUGGCCUGCAGUUUGAAAUCAUUGCCAUGUCUACCACUGGGGACAAGAUUCUUGAUACUGCUCUCUCCAAGAUUGGUGAGAAGAGCCUGUUUACUAAGGAGCUGGAACACGCCCUGGAGAGGAACGAAGUGGACCUGGUCGUUCACUCCCUGAAGGACUUGCCCACCGUUCUUCCUCCUGGCUUCACUAUUGGAGCCAUCUGCAAGCGGGAAAGCCCCUAUGAUGCUGUUGUCUUUCACCCAAAAUUUGUUGGGAAAACCUUAGAAACCUUGCCAGAGAGGAGUGUGGUGGGAACCAGCUCCCUGCGAAGAGCAGCUCAGCUACAGCGAAAGUUCCCUCAUCUGGAGUUCAGGAGUAUUCGGGGAAACCUCAACACACGACUGCGGAAGCUGGAUGAGCAGCAGGAGUUCAGCGCCAUCAUCCUGGCCCAAGCUGGUCUGCAGCGCAUGGGCUGGCAAAACCGGGUGGGGCAGAUCCUGUACCCUGAAGAAUGCAUGUAUGCUGUGGGCCAGGGGGCCCUGGGGGUUGAAGUCCGAUCCAACGACCAAGACAUUCUGGACCUGGUGGGUGUGUUGCAUGAUCCUGAGACUCUGCUCCGCUGCAUCGCUGAACGGGCCUUCCUAAGGCAUCUGGAAGGAGGCUGCAGCGUGCCAGUGGCAGUACAUACAGCUGUGAAGGAUGGACAGCUGUACCUGACUGGAGGAGUCUGGAGUCUGGAUGGCUCAGAUAGCAUGCAAGAGACCAUGCAGGCCACAGUUGAUCCCCCUGCCCAGUAUGAUGGCCCUGAGGAUGAUCCACAGCUGGUAGGCGUCACUGCCCAAAACAUUCCACGAGGAGCCCAGCUGGCUGCUGAAACUCUGGGCAUCAGCCUGGCCAACUUGUUGCUGAACAAAGGAGCCAAGAACAUCCUCGACACUGCACGGCAGCUUAAUGAUGCCCGCUAA